AUGAGUGGAGUUUACAGUUUACAAACCAGGAUUAAACAAAUCCAACCAAAUCCUGAGUAUGUACACUGUAACAGUCAUAAUUUGGUAAUUAAUGACUGCGUAAAUGGUUCGCAUGAUAUCUUAUCAUUUUAUGCUACUCUUCAAAAUAUUUAUUUAUUUUUUGGAAAUAGCAUAAAAAGAUGGGACCUCCUCUCUAUAUUUACUGGGGAGUCUGAAGUUACAUUGAAAAAACUAAAUCCAACUCGAUGGUCUGGUAGACUACAAUCAUUAACAGCUGUAAAAGUUCAAUUUAUGGAUAUUUUAAAGGCUUUGACUGAAAUAAUCCUUAAAUCGACCAAAAAAGAAGAAAGAGAAGAAGCACUUCAAAUAAAGAAAAAAAUGGGGACAUUCGAUUUUGUUUUUAUCUGUGUUUUUUUAUUUAAGGUAAUGUGCGAGGUUAAUUUUGCUUCAAAAACUUUACAAAAACAAGAAAUAGACUUGGAGGAAGCUACUGAAGUUUUAAAACACGUUUGUGAAAAUUAA